CCUUGUUGUAGAACAAAGCUACUUUUGCCUUCUUGGGCCCCUUUUACCUUCCAUAAACAAAUUCCUCUCUCUCUCUUUCUGUCUUUCAUACUCUCUCUCAAUUGACCAAGAUGAACAAGAUUCUUCUCCUGGGCUUUUCUGCUCUACUCUUCUAUGCAGUUGCUGAAGGCCUCAUGUGCAAGGUGUGCAAGUACAGAUUGGGCAGCUUUUGCUUCAGCUCUCAUGACCCCUGCCGAGCCGAUGAGGGGCAAUACUGUGAGACCACUAAAGUGUACGCAGGUGAUUUUUUGAUGUUCUCAAGAUACAGUUGUGGCCUCUAUGCUGAGCUCUGCAACAAGACCGAGCAAAGAGACAAUCCCUUCAGGACAAGCUACCACCGCAGUUGCUGUAACUCCGAUUUGUGUAAUGGUUAAGCCGUCAGGGAUCCCAGCACUAACCCUCGCUAGCUGUGCUCGGCUUGGCACUGGGAAGGGAACUGGCAUGUUAAUAGUGAGCCCUAAUAAGGAUGCUGUUCUUACCUAAGGAGAUGGCCCCGUUGACUCUACGUCCUCCCAGAAGAUAGCAUCAUCUCCUUCUCUUCCAAAGACUCAUCUCCUAUAGGCCUGCGCAAUUGUCGUUCUCCAAGUCAAACGCAGCUGGCCACGUAUGGCCGUCUUCUGGGAGCUUGAAAAAAAAAUCUUCUUGAUAUUGCUGCUGACAUCGAAUGGCUUGUCAAGCACCUCAUAGUCUAUACUACCCUGCCGGUGGCCUGCAUUUGGCUUGGUGAAUUACAGUUUUGGGCAACGGGAUCUAUUGUACAUGUUGGUCUGCUAUAUGUACUAAAAUGUAUCCUCCCUAUCCCUCAAUAAUAUACCAGCCAAUUUCGGAAAAAUACAAAUGAGAAAUAACAGUGCUGCCAAGACAAAGUUUUACUCUACAAAUCCCAUUGACUUCAGUGGACUCAGAAAGGUAUAGAUCGGUUUAGGAAUGCCUUUGCUGGCGUUGCCCACUCUUCCUCUACUGAACCCACGCUAAAGAUAAGCUCAAGAAAAUAUACGUGCAUAUAUUGGUAAGUGCACUUUCUCAGCGCAUGAUCUAAAAUUUUAGUAAAAGCCGCAGGUCCCCGUGGGUGUCAUGGCACCUGCAGACAUCUGUUCUGGCUCCCACCAAAUGUUUUUAGGAAGUGGGCAGGGCCAGGUAGGGCUUGUGCCCAGCAAG